CAUAACUCAAAUAAAUAUACACGAAAUUUCAGGCAAAAAGAACAAACUGAAGUUGUUAUUAGUGUAACUUCUUUUUUCUUGAAGGAUUAAGAAACCCCUAUUUUCUCUCUCCUGCCAUCUCGGAUCAACUUUUCCUCACCAUUCGCUUUCUUUAACACAGAGCUAAGAACAGUUCCGGAUCACUACCGCCUUUGCCGAUUUAGGGUUUUUGCAGAUUUAUAAUUUUUAAAAAAUGGCGGGAUUAGCAGCAUUUCCCCAGGAAUUGAGCCAAGAUGUUGUUGAUUUAUUGAACCGGACAGAUUUGGAUCCGACGGCCGUGGUUUUCGAUCCGAUUCCGCCUGUUGUCGUCACCAGUAACGGCGAGAAUGGUGUGGUGAAAAUGGGGAGAGAGAUUGUUAUGGGUCGGAAUAUUCACUCCUCCUGCCUUGAUAUCACAGAACCCGAGGCUAACGAUGAUGUUACCGGCGAUAAGGAGGCGUAUAUGGCGGGUAUUUUGGCUAGAUACAGGCAGAGUUUGCUUGAGAGGACUAAAUAUCAUUUGGGAUAUCCUUACAACCUGGACUUUGAUUAUGGCGCUUUGAGUCAGUUGCAGCACUUCUCGAUAAACAACCUUGGUGAUCCAUUUAUCGAGAGCAACUAUGGUGUGCAUUCCAGGCAGUUUGAAGUGGGUGUUUUAGAUUGGUUUGCGCGUCUUUGGGAGAUCGAGAAAGAUCAGUACUGGGGAUAUAUUACAAACUGUGGGACAGAAGGAAACCUUCAUGGUAUCCUUGUGGGGAGAGAGGUGUUUCCUGAUGGAAUUUUAUAUGCCUCAAAAGAGUCACACUACUCGAUCUUUAAAGCUGCACGCAUGUAUAGGAUGGACUGUGUUAAGAUUGAUACAUUAUCAUCUGGGGAGGUUGACUGUGCUGAUUUUAGGACCAAGCUUCUCCAGAACAAAGAUAAACCAGCCAUCAUCAAUGUCAAUAUAGGAACUACUGUAAAAGGAGCUGUUGAUGAUCUUGAUCUUGUGAUACAGACUCUUGAAGAAUGUGGCUUCCCCCAGAACCGAUUCUACAUCCACUGUGAUGGAGCCUUAUUUGGUCUUAUGUUGCCAUUUGUUACUCGAGCGCCUCAGGUAACAUUCAAGAAGCCCAUUGGUAGUGUAAGUGUAUCUGGGCACAAAUUUGUAGGAUGCCCAAUGCCCUGUGGUGUUCAAAUAACAAGGAUGGAUCACAUCAACACAUUAUCUAGUAAUGUGGAGUAUCUUGCUUCAAGGGAUGCAACAAUCAUGGGGAGCAGGAAUGGGCAUGCCCCUAUCUUUAUGUGGUAUACAUUGAAUCGAAAAGGAUAUCGUGGUUUCCAGAAAGAGGUUCAAAAGUGCCUCAGAAAUGCCCACUACCUCAAAGACAGGCUUAGAGAUGUUGGGGUUAGUGCCAUGCUCAAUGAGCUAAGUAGCACCGUGGUAUUUGAGCGGCCUCGGGAUGAGGAGUUUAUCCGGCGUUGGCAGCUGGCUUGCCAAGGGGAAAUAGCUCACGUGGUUGUGAUGCCUAGUGUUACAAUAGAGAAGCUUGAUACUUUCCUUGACGAGCUAGUUGAGAAACGUUUAACUUGGUUUAAAGAUGGAGGUAACCAACCACCAUGUCUUGCAUCUGAGAUGGGCAAGGAUAACUGUGCGUGCCCUCUGCAUUAGUCUGAAAUAUUUGCUUGCCCAGUUUUCGUAACAACUCAAGUAUAAUGAUUUGCUUCCAGCAAUGUAUCGUUGUUGUUGCCAUUAGUCCAUUUACUGAUGUUUGUAUUUCUUCUUCAUGCUUGGGCUGUUCGACUUGAUCUACAUAGUGGUAGAUUUAUCUAUUUCAUGUGGCACAAAUAAGAACUCAGCUAGCUCAGAGGGGUUGCAAGGUUUUUGGGAGCUCCGCGUUUCAAGCAGAGGGGUUGGCAAUCCUGGAUGCCCUAAGGGGGAUCAUGUUCCCGUUUGCUGAGGUAACAGUAUGGACGGACUCUACCAAAAUCAUCGCCUCGCUACAUAACAAUUGCCUGGCCCCAUCGGAAGGUAGAGUUGUAAUGAGAGAUAUCAUAAGCAUUGCUUCUUCUUUUAAAUCCUGUUUAAUAAAAAAAGUAGAAAGGCAGAAUGUUGUCAAGGCUCAUAACCUUGCGGUUUCUGCUAGAAAAGAGGGCUGCCCUCCUGUACACUAAUCCUUUCCUUAAUAUAGUUUCUUGAGUUGUCAAAAAAAAAAAAAAGAAUCAUAGAAUAAUAUUUUAAAGAGGGUAGACAAUUGUCUACCCAUUGUGCAUAAUAGAUCCACCACUGACUGGAAGUCUGAUACUUUCUAUAUAUAUGUGGAAAAACAUUAUGAAGAUUCUGGAAUACUUCAGUUAUACUUCAAUUUUGUUGAUUCCUUCUGACUAAUGUGUAAUGAACUUUUCUGGAAUGGAUCAUUAUUCAUUUGUGUUGUGGGCAGCACAUUGCGAACCUUGCUGGAAACAACAAUUUACUGCUUCUAGUUCUUGCCUUGAAUGUCAUAAUUGUGGGUGUACUGGUUAGACCAACUUUUUUCAAAGAGUGCAUGAACAUGAAGAUGAAAUUCCUGGUAUGAAAUCACUUUGAGGAAUUAUUGUAUUUCCAAAUCUGUAUUUUGUCUUUAGAUGAGCAGGGUUUUCGUUGAGGCCUUUUGUUUUGCUUUAUUGCAUACACUGUGAUUAAAUAUGAUAAAGACAAGAAGCUAUACAUAUUUGGAUAAAUUCUGAUGUUGUGCUUCUUUUUAUGGCUCACAUUUGUUUUUAUUUCUUGGAUAGUACGUUUCACACGAAAGCCUUUUCCGAUGGAGCCAAAGGUAUGUUUUUAUUUCUUGUUUGCCGCUCUGUAUCAGGAAACAUUUCAAUUUUCAACCGGGAAUACUUCACAAUUACAUACUGCAUAAAGAUAGAUCCUGAACACCCCCAUCGAUUGUUCACUUAUUUUCCUGUUGAGUUUAAAAGUUGUACACAUUGUUUUCCAUUGAUCCAUCUAUUCUAUCUGAUGCAGUGAAGUUCUUUCUGGAGUAAGUUUGUGUGUUUGGUCAAUACUCAAUACUAUUAGUGGACUAAGGGCAUCUAACAGUUGCAGCCAUGAUUCACGAACAACAGUUCUGUAGUCCAGCGACUAUGGUACAGGGAAAGCUAAGUUGGAGCAUAAUAACCCAUGUCAAUUGAAACUAAAACAUGUGUUAUCUCAGUUUCGAUCUUUUGGCUUCUUUACCUGAAAAAUAGCUUCGUGUUUUUCUAUGACGUUCAGGUGCAGUGGCUUGUUAACAGUUGCAUCCUCAAAGAAGUCGGAGGUUUGUUCAGGGAUUGGAAAUGAAGGUACUUGAGAAUUCCUGGAAUGUUUGUGAAUGCUCCAGACUUCGGAUUCAAGUCACUGAAAAUACAUUAUUCCUAUCAUCAGAGCUUUCAAAUUCCUCUAUACAAGCAUGCAUGUUGCUAACCCUGCUGGAAACACGAAUUAGUGCUUCUGCUUCCUGCCUUAAUUGUUAUUAUUAGCAGUUAAAUAAGCACACUAGCAAUGUAAUCGAUGAGAUGGAAUGAUGGAUGUUGCUGCUUCUCAGUUUUCAUCAUAAAAACCUGCUAUGUGUUUUCUUGAAUGUAAUGAACAAGAGGAGAAAACUGAUCAUUCUUUGGAAAAAACACCAAGUUGCAACUUCAGUUCUGCGAUACUUUUUCAACCCGGUUUGUUCCGGUUUUCAGCUUUGGCUUUUCCGUUUGUAUUUUUGGGGCACAUAUAAAAGGAUCCUUCGUGUUUCAGAAACCCAAUUGAGGUUAUCUAGUAGCACACAUGCACUCUUCAACUUUUUACAA